GUUUUCCCCUCAGAUGACCCUAGACAGGUGGCAGUCACUGGAGCCUUGUCCCGGAGUACCAACCGCAGAAAGAGGACCAGCUUCACCAAAGAGCACGUGGCACUUCUCCGUGUCACAUUUGAGACAGAUCCUUACCCUGGCAUCAGCCUGAGAGAGAGCCUGUCUCAGAACACAGGCCUACCUGAAUCCCGCAUCCAGGUGUGGUUCCAGAACAGAAGGGCUCGGACUAUGAAGUAUAAGGGAGCUAAGGCCGUGUGGCAGUCUGACUCUGGCUUCCACUCCCCUGGUGGGUUCACCCCUGUCCAGGACACAGUUUCCCAGCACCGCACCAUGGGGACAGGGGCUACCCAGCCUGACCUGGCCCCUCUGUCCACCUCCCCCUGCCUGCCCCCUGCCUACCCCAUCCAGUUGAAGGAGGAGUUGGAUGACUUUUUUUAUGGAUGCUGCCCUUCACCCUACACUGGAGUGGAGGAGACUGGCCACUACAACUCCCUGUUCGAACUGAAGCAAGCCAGGGUGCUGGGAUACAGUGCCAGCCCACCGCUGAAUAGCCCCAGGCACCAGAUGGUUCCAGGAGCCUGGCCCCAGGCGGGUGAUCAGAUGUCCCCAGUGCAGUCCACGUGGAGCCCCUUUUCUCUGGAGGUAAGGAAAUGCAGCGCAGGCUCCAGCCAGGCCUUCCUUUACCAUAGCUCAGCUGAGCAGCAGCCCCUCUACAGCAACCCCCAGGAAGCCUAUGGAGGCCCCAUUACCCAGGCCCCAGUCACCCCGGAUUCCGGCUGUUGGGAGGUUGGACAAGAGAACACCCCUACGAUGAAAGGCCAAGGUUCACAGUUGUAUGGCUCCUGGAGCAUGGAUAUGUCUACCCCAGAAUACCCAGAGCUCCCUGUCCUGUCCCUGCAGGAUAUCCUGAGGGAGCUGGACGAAGAGUGCUGGGAGGGAAAUAGCCUGAACAGCUACCCCAAUGAGGAUAAUCUGGUUAACUGUUGAAAACUUUUUUUUGUGGAAAAACAAGAGGGUUUUACUGUAUAUCCUGUGUUGCUGGAAUGUCAACUAUGGACUACAUGUUGACAGAAAUGUUCUCAGAGAGAGAGAGAGGGGAUCAUCUUUAGGAAUUCUACAACAAUCAUAUUCAUUCUCCCUCAUGAACUUCAUCCCACUUCAUUUUACAUUAUCUAUAUAUCUAUUUAUUCAUAUUUUGUUCUCUGUACUUAAAUUCUAAAUAAAAUGUUA